CUGAUAAACAUUAUUCUGACCCUCGUGGCGACCGCCGUGUCGUUUGCGCGCCAUGGCUCGCUCACGAUGACCGCGGCCACCAUCUACGAAGGCAGUUGCAGCCGAACGAAAGCCUGGACGACGGGGCUGCACUUGCUGAUCAACGUCCUCAGCACCGUUGUCCUCGGCGCCAGUAGCUAUUGUAUGCAAUGCCUGACGGCGCCCGCCCGAAAUGAUGUUGACCGCGCCCACGGGGAACGCGUGUGGCUCCAUAUCGGGGUCGCGAGCCUGCGGAAUCUUGCCUGGGCCGAACGAUCCCGUCUCGCCUUGUGGAUGGCGCUCGCCAUCACCUCCCUUCCCAUUCAUCUGAUAUACAACUCCGCCGUGUUUUUUGCCCUGGGCACGAAGGAAUACAAUGUCGUCAUGGCAUCAGCUAACUUUGACUUUGACCGUCCCCCGGCGCAUUACAAUGCCUCGUACGGCGAGUGCUUUGAGCGGAACACGGCUCUGAACAUGUCCGCCUUCUAUGCCGAUCUCCCCAACUUCAAGAACUUGACCCGGAAGGAAUGUGUACAGAAGCAUACGGCGAAUUUCCCGGCCAACCUCGGCACUUUGAUCCUAGUGACCAGCAACCUCACCAUCGCCAACGAAACCUUGCAGUGGGUGGCUGCGGGUAACCCGCCCUCAGACUAUGAGGGCGGCGCCACAUAUAGCUAUGAGUGGAUGUGCAGCCAGUUCGGGGUUAGCUAUUGCACUCCAUCGAACCUACGGGCCGCCGUCGACAGUUGGGCCGUUCCAGGCGGGAUCCCCUGGUCGGGCGCGGUAGUCAAUGCCACGAUCGAUGUUCCCAGUGGCCGGGAGACCAUCAAUGGGAUGGUACCGGAUCUCUAUGACCAGCGGGACUUCGAAUGGCCCGAGCCGUUGUUAGAUGACUUUACCUGGCUUGCGACGGAUCUUCUCGCCUUUCCUUCGGAGUCCUAUCUGCAGCAGUCCCUGGACAAUGCCACCCAAUGGAAGAACAGCACUUGGGCUCGGGCGGUUCGCCUGCAGGUCACCGACGAGGAGGCUUGUUCCCCUGACUUCUACCUCCAGCCCGGAUGGACCGCAGGGGCCGAAGAGUAUCCCGUGGAAUAUUGCCUAAGUCAGGAGGCCCCGGAGCACUGCGAGCUGCAAUACAGUCCGACGAUCUGCCUGGUGGUGAUCACCUGCAACGUCAUCAAGUUCCUGUGUAUGCUGUUGACAGCCCGGAACGAUCGAAAGGACAUCUUCCUGACCGUCGGCGAUGCCAUGGCAUCGUUCUUAACCCAGCCCGAUCCCACCACCGAACAGAUGGGCUUGCUAUCACGAGCGAAUCUGAGUGCCGGUCCACAGCCGUGGCAGUCCCGUCGAGAGCAGUACUGGCGCGUGUCGCUGACGGGGAAGGGAGCCUUGCAAUCCCAAGCGUGGGCCAGACUCCCGCCACGCCAGCGAUGGUACCGGGCGGUGCGACUUGGGCAGUGGAUCACGACCAUCUGCGUUUGUUUGGUCUUGAUCAGCGUGGGAGGUUAUCUCCUGUCGCUCGCGAUCCAAGGGCUGGCGGACGAAGGCCAGUCGUGGAGUCUCCCGGCAUUGUGGAAGCUGGGGUUCGGUUCGCCCACGCCGUAUACCAUCAUCUCGAUGCAACAUACGUCGGUCAUUUCUAUGGCUUUGUUGGCCAAUUGUCCCCAGAUAGUGAUCUCGGCGGGAUAUUUCUUGUACAACAACCUGUUGACCCACAUGUUGCUGGCCGCGGAAUACGACGAUUAUGCGACCCAGCGGAAGCCGCUCCGGGUGUCCUGGCCGGAAGGAUCUCAACGAGGCACCUAUUAUCUGAGCCUCCCGUAUCGCUACAGCGUCCCGCUCCUGAUGGCUUCGAUGCUACUACAUUGGUUGGUGUCGGCCAGUUUGUUCUACGUCGAGAUAAUUCCGUUUGACACGCAGGGGGUUGCAUCGUAUUCCGAUCAGGUGAUUGCCUGUGGGUAUGCGCCCAUUGCCAUUGUGUUUGCCAUUAUCCUGGGAGGUGUGAUGACGGGGACGGUGAUGGGCCUGAGCCGGAGGCAGUACAAAUCCCGAAUGCCAGUUGCGAGUAGUUGCAGUGCGGCGAUCAGCGCGGCAUGCCAUCCCCAAGGGGGGUAUGACCAUGCGCUGAAGCCGAUUAUGUGGGGGGAGAUCCGCAUGCAAUCACAGACGAAGGGGGGUUUCCACGUGGACAUCGACAGCCUGAGCGAUGCUGAAUCAGAUGAUGGGGAUCUAGGUAGGCCCACGCGAGCCCGUGGCGAGCGGCGCGAGGGAGAUUACACGCCGCUGGAAUCGGUUGGCAAGGAUACCUAUGGCCAUUGCAGUUUUACCUCGGAGGAGGUGACAGCCCCAGACCCAUACCGACUGUAUAUGUAGCAGCCCGUGGUAGUGCCGACCGCGGGAUGACUAGCUUUCAAUAAUAAUUGCCUGGGGGCUGUUUUUUCCAGGAUCUGUGAAUGGGUAGCGAUUCGAGUACCGUGCUAGGGGGGAGCAGGGAGCAGCCGACAAACGUGCGACCGGUAUCGUAGAAGCAAUCGUAGGAUAGGUCUGGUUCUAAAGAAGCACACUGUCAGGUCGGUACCAGAUCAAGAGGAGAGAGAUGCAGCUGCUUCCACCUGGACACCGCUACUAUUCGUAUCAUUCCUAUCUCUUCAGCUGCAGGAUCGGCUGGUCGCGUCAUCACCGUGUCGCCGAUCAGCCGAUCGGACGAGCAAUCGACAAGUGUCCAGACUGAAUCCGGUUAGUCAGCUGUAAUCCACCAGGAUAGAAAGUAUGGAUGAAGUAUUUGAUUGUUACACCGGACAAGGGGACAGGGACAGGGACAACGACAGGGACAAGCGAAUUGUCAG